AAUAUGAAGUGUCUUCUCGUGUUACUUCCGUUCAUCAUAUUGUCAUCUGGUACCAGAGUGCGUCUUCGUGGUACCGACAGCACUUCAUAUCAAGGAAGAGUAGAGAUUUACUACAAUGGUACAUGGGGUACAGUCUGUGACGAUUUCUUUGACAACGAUGACGCAGAAGUGAUAUGUCGAAUGUUGGGUUUUCGGAAAGGCGGGAAGGCAUUCAAGAACGCACGUUUUGGCAAAGGGAGUGGGCAAAUAUGGCUAGAUAAUGUCAAUUGUUCCCUACACAGUAUACUACGUGACAUAUCGGAGUGUACACAUGACGGCUGGGGAAUUCAUAACUGUAAUCACGGUGAAGACGCUGGAGUUUCGUGUAAUUUCCUGGAUAUUCGUCUUACAAAUGGAACAAGUGAUAACAACGGGCGAGUGGAGGUCUAUCAUGGCGAGUCCUGGGGCACAAUAUGUGACGAUGGCUGGAAUACUGAUGCUUCGAGGGUUGUUUGUCGUCAGCUUGGAUACAGGAACCAGUUAUAUUAUAACGGAAGUGGGACUUAUGGAAAUGGGAAAGGACGUAUCUUAAUGGAUGAUGUUAACUGUUCCCUUGGGUACAUACCAGAAAAGAUAUGGAACUGCAGCUUUAUAGGCUGGGGUGUGGGAAAUUGUAGACACAGUGAAGAUAUUGGAGUGAAAUGCGUGGAAAACACUGUAAAACUGAUAGGUGGGAGAACAUUUAACAGAGGACGAGUGGAGAUUCUUCAAAAUGGCGAAUGGGGAACAAUUUGUGAUAACGGUUUUGGAGUGGAAGAAGCACGGACUAUUUGUAACAUGCUCGGAUACAAGAACGGACAUCCGUAUUCAUUCUUCGACCCUAGUAAUGGAUCAAUUUACGUCGACAACCUUGAAUGUCCAAUAUGA